GGUCAACAGAGCUAUCAAGCAAGCAGCACGCAUCCUCAGCAUCAAGCAAGGACCAGGCGCGCUCAAGCUCCCAUCCAACGUCGCCCGUCUGCGCGUCACAUUUGCACAAGACAACGCAAAUGGUCAUAUGGGCCCACGCAAAUUCGCUCAACAGUGCUUGCCCAGACUCCAAUUCCACAAUCCAGCCCUUGUUAUUGAGGUAGAACGAGCGCCGAGAGAUAGAAAGGCAAAUCCAAAGAAUGAAACGCCGAAUGUACCGGCAUUUGCAGAGUUUUAUGCAAGUGGAGCAGAAACAGGGGCGUCUCCUAUGAAGCGCAUUGAUAUCCAAGGAUUGCACAGCGAUGCAAUUGCGGAGUCCAUCAAGACAGAGCUGGGUGCAGAGGAAGUGAGUGAAACGCAAGGGACCACUGUUAUGGCUUAGCAGAUUUGCAUACUGCUCGACCUUGCAACAUUAGCAUUAACGCAAUCAAGAGGCCGAGGACCCAGACUGCUGCUGCUAUGAGCAUCGUGACAGAUAGACUCAGUCUGCAAUUGGGUGAAUUGCUUGCCUGACAUCGAUACUUCACCGAGGCAAGUUGCACGAGCCACAGAGCAUGCAAGCACACGCAAGUCGAAGUAGUGCCCCGCCCUCGGUACCUCU